GGGUGCGGCUUUACCGCUCCACGACAGCGGCUUCUGCUCACACCCGCGGCGGCAACAUCUACGCCCACUGCCUCCGAUGCGCAUCCAGUGACCGGGACAGCGAGGCCCGCGCGCGGCGUGGGCGGCUGCAGACGCCUGGCCACCGUGACCCCGAUUGUGGAUUUACCGCUCGGGGGGUGGGGGGAGCCUGGAUUUAACUGGAGACUGUUUUGGGGGACGACCGACGCCAUGUUGUGGAAAAUAACCGAUAAUGUCAAGUACGAAGAAGACUGCGAGGAUCGCCACGACGCGGGCAGCAAUGGGAACCCGCGCAUCCCCCCGCACCUCUCCUCGGCCGGCCAGCACCUGUACAGCCCCGCGCCGCCCUUGUCGCACAGCGGGGUCGCCGAGUACCAGCCGCCGCCCUACUUCCCGCCGCCCUACCAGCAGCUGGCCUACUCGCAGUCGGCCGACCCUUACUCUCACCUGGGCGAAGCCUACGCCGCAGCCAUCAACCCCCUGCACCAGCCCGCGCCCACCGGCAGCCAGCCGCAGGCCUGGCCGGGCCGCCAGAGCCAGGAAGGGGCGGCGGGCUUGCCCUCGCACCACGGGCGCCCGGCCGGCCUGCUGCCCCACCUGUCCGGGCUGGAGGGCAGCUCGGUGAGCGCGCGCCGGGAGGCCUACCGCCGCUCCGACCUGCUGCUGCCCCACGCGCACGCCCUCGACGCGGGCCUGGCCGAGAACCUGGGGCUGCACGACAUGGCGCAUCCCAUGGAGGAGGUGCAGAAUGUGGACGACCAGCACCUCCUUCUGCACGAUCAGACUGUCAUUCGUAAAGGACCCAUCUCUAUGACCAAGAACCCUCUGAGCCUCCCCUGUCAGAAGGAGCUGGUGGGAGCGGUGAUGAACCCCAGCGAGGUCUUCUGUUCUGUCCCUGGAAGAUUGUCUUUACUCAGCUCCACAUCAAAAUACAAAGUCACCGUGGCUGAGGUGCAGAGGCGAUUGUCACCACCUGAAUGCUUAAAUGCCUCGCUCCUGGGCGGGGUUCUCAGAAGAGCAAAGUCAAAAAAUGGAGGCCGGUCCUUGCGGGAGAAGUUGGAUAAGAUUGGGUUGAACCUUCCUGCCGGGAGACGGAAAGCUGCCCAUGUCACCCUGCUGACGUCCCUUGUGGAAGGUGAAGCCGUCCACUUGGCCCGGGACUUUGCGUACGUUUGUGAAGCUGAGUUUCCUAGUAAAGCGGUGGCUGAGUAUUUAACAAGACCUCACCUGGGGGGACGCAACGAGAUGGCCACCAGGAAGAGCAUGCUGCUGGCGGCACAGCAAGUGUGUAAGGAAUUCACAGACCUCCUCCACCAGGACCGCACGCCCAACGGGAACAGCAGGCCCGCCCCGGUCCUGGAGACGAACAUUCAGAACUGCUUGUCCCACUUCAGCCUGAUCACACACGGCUUUGGCAGCCAGGCCAUCUGCGCCGCCGUGUCUGCCAUGCAGAAUUACAUCAAGGAAGCCCUGGUCACCGUGGACAAGUCCUACAUGAACCCCGGGGACCAGAGCCCGGCCGAUUCCAACAAGACCCUGGAGAAAAUGGAGAAGCACAGAAAGUGAUGGGGUGGGGGGGCGACCAAGGGUCGAGGGUCUGAAGGGAGAGGACUGACCCCUUCCAGGGCAGCCUGGGAAGCUCUCCGUCUGCCACAAGGCCACCUCACGCUGUCAGAAGGGCCACCGCCCUCCGGAUCUGUCCCGAUUCCUCGUGGCCUCUGGAGCACACAUGCUUGACUUUGGACACACCAUC